AUGGUGUCUCUGAAACAAGGAAACCAGGUGGAAGCAGUAGUCUCCGAACCAAGCUUCGAAAUCAUCACAACUCUAGCUUACUCAGUUAAUCUUCCGCUGAACCCGCAAGCAUCUUCGCAAUCAUGUUGCUACCUACUUCAACACGGAGUCGAUCGCCUCAAAGCAGCUGCAUUGGAUCUCUCUUGGACUGCUGUCGUCAAUUAUCUCAGUGAAGGCAAUCGUACAGCUAGCCUAGAGCAGGAGAUAGCCGAUUAUAUGCUUUCAGUUCACGGCGACGAUUCUAAAGAUCCUAGUAGACGAUUUAUCGUACGGCUGGCCUUGAAAAAAGACGCAAAGUUAAGCAUCCUCUCGGGUCCAAGACCGACUAGUCCCAACGAACUUUAUUACCCCCUUCAACUGUCACCUUCACCUCUCACCACUCCUUCAAUUCCGGUGUAUUUGGAUUUAGAAAUUACGACAUCGUCAGUUUUUACUAAGCACAAAACAACAUACCGCCAGCCAUACAGCGCCGCUUGGAAUCGCGUCGGCCUCGACGAGACAGUCUCGCCAGCCACGUGUGACGUUUUACUGUACAAUAGUAAUGGUCAUAUCAUGGGUUCUGUUUUCAGGACAGUUUACUUUUGGAGAAAUGGGGCUUUUGUGACUCCAAGUAGCGAGACGGGGUGCAAAAUGGGCGUUUCACGACGAUGGGCUGUGGAGAACGCCGGUGUAAAGGAGACAUUUAUUAGUGCAGGCGAAGUUAAAGAGGGAGAGAUGAUCUGGCUGAGCUCAGCUGUCGGUGGGUUUAUCCAGGGAACUGUGACGUUGAAGGGGAGGAUAUGA